GUCUAUGAUUAGCGGCAUAUGCACGAAAGACGUGCGUACAUACUGGUGGGAUUCGCGCUUCAGAUAGCCGUCGCGCCGUCUGUUCUUGUCUGCCUGCAUGGCAUGUGCAGGAAAAACAACAUCGACAUUUACGACCGAACCUCUCUUAGCUAUGGAUUCUCUACCGCCCCAGACUUUGAAAUUUGCCAUCUCAACUUGUCGAUUUGGACUUUGGUAGUGAUCCAACCAGCGCGACUGUUCAGCACACCUAACAUCAGGAUCGGACCGAACCACCUUUGUGAUUGACCAUGGCGCCUGCCGUCCUUGCACAACAUGAAAAAAGAGGGUGGCGGGAGCGGGCAGCGGGUGCCACAUCCAUCUCCUCGUCGGGACCCGGUGAGCUCAAUGUCUCCACCCCUCCGGGCUCAUCACUUGUCUCGGUCUGCAUUCCUCCGGCCAUUGACGAUGCGACCAGGGCCGGGACCAGAAGCUCACUGGCUGACCUUGAGGCCCAUCUGCCCAUCGCCGAAGAUUGAGCAAUGAGGAAGAAAGGUGUCGAAUCCUGCGCGGUGAAGGG